AUGAGUGCAAACCGGCCCACACGGUCGCGCAUCUCGAGUCCAUUCGUUCCAGCGCCCUCAAUCGAUUCCUCCGAACCCGCUACCGAUGCUCCGGCUGAUAAACCAAAGACAUUCAUGCAGCGCUGGGUUGAGCCUGCGCCUGCGCUGCCUCGUCCUUCGUAUGCUGAGGCCGGCCAUGAACGCCAUGGCGUGGUUCUGAACAUGAUGCCAUUGGGAGUUGGACCAAGUGCGAAAGUUUUAAAGGCACUUGCAAACGUGGAGAAGCCCAAGAAGAGCAUCAGUUCGGUUUCCACUCCGGAAGUUGCGACGCCCGAACCAGGACCAGCUGAAGAAAUUGCAGAGAUUGCAGAGGAGGUGGCAGAGACGAUUGAGACUCCACGACAAGAAUCCAUACCAAAACAAACAAUCGAGGAGGAAGAUGAAGUGAUGCCAAAGACUCCAAAGUCGCCCUCCAGUGCGCGAAAGAGUGUGUCGCGACCGAGUGUUGGACCUCAGAGUGCCGGGCAAUCCGUCUUCGCUUUACAGCAAUCCCCUAUGGAUGCACUCAUGUCUGAGCGACCACAGUCUCGCUAUCUUCGGUAUCCAUCUGACUCCGCGACUCCUGAGCCUGCGCUUGGGCCUGACGGUCUUCCAAUUAUCAAUAUGGACUUCACAGAUAGGGUGGUUGAGUACGCGGUGAAUGAGGCGCUCGAUCGCCACAAGUGGCCAACAGCCUACGCUCUACGCACCGUCUAUGACGACGGCAGAACAGAUCCACGCAUGGUACGGAUUUUCGACGCCGUCUACAAUGGGUGGUCUACUCUCGACCAGAUGGAUGAGUUCCAAGACAAGAUAAGAAGGAAGAAAAGGGAAGGCAAGAGGGACAGAACCGCUGAAUAUUAUUUCAAUGGUGAAGAUCCAGCGCCACCUCGAUCUCAAGGUCUCUUCAGCCCGAUGAGUUCCAUUCAAGGUCCAGUUUCUACGUAUCAAUCUGUCUAUCAGACCCCUUACACGUCACUUCCACCAUCCCAGCCAAGCACAGUCGGCGAUUCUUCUCAACCAAGGGCCUCGUCGCUCGUCUCGGCCGCGAUGGCUGUCUCGACUUCGCCUCAACCAGAUCACGAGCAUAUCAGCAAGAAACAACGAAGUAAUAGCUUCCAGCCAGCGAAUAGCCUCGUUCUCAAUGGAAAUGCGUCAUUAAACGGCACGACAAAAAGCCAGUCUCCAGCAGUAUUAGCAUCUUCAAGUGUUGGACAGUCUCCAGCACCUGGGCCAUCACCGGCAGCUGACACGAAUGGAGACUCGAAGGUAUCUAAAGGCGAAGGCAAAGACGCACAGAGAUCCCGAUCCAACUCGACUUCUUCUUCUUUGUCCUCGGUCAACGAGGAUCUCAUCGAAGACGGAUCGAUUCUGUCACCCGCACGCCCUCUCCCAGGCGGCGCCAAAGCUCCAGCCGCAGCUCCUAUGCCAGUGCCUGGCCCUAUCUCAUCAGUACCGAGCCACCUGGCAGCCAAAUACGGGCCUGUCUUGGGGCUUGGAUUUGGUCAAGUGCAGCAAACACCCCGUUUUGUGUCUCCCUACGCCUCAGCGGAGGGCUUCCAAGCGGUCGCCCUCUCGGCUGAGGCCGCUAGACAUGCCCGGCCUAUCAGCCAGCCAGCAAAAGCGGGUCCCCGAACAUUUACCUUUUCGACGGUCCCUGCUUCUGCCUCAGCGUCUGCCUCUGCUCCAGUCGCUCGUCCUUCAUCCGCUAGCAAUAAUCCUCUCCCUUCAUCCACACCUGCGGCCUCGUCCGCUCCCAACACCACCAGUGAGCCACGAACAAAAUCAUCCAUGGCUCCCACUGCACUCGUUCAUUCAUCUUCAAAUUCUUCCACAACAUCAAAUAAGAAGUUUCCCGCCACAUUUAGAAUCAAGAAUUCGGCAAAGGCUCAGCAGGCCCAGAUUCAGGUGACGCAGGAGGAGGUCGACGCCAGUAAUCGCCUGAAGCGGAAAGCUAGAGAUCUCACAGGCAAGGCUCCAAAUACUGAGAGCAACGAGCGGCAUGAGGUGAAGACUGCGAAGGCGGCCACGGAUAUUGCUGAGGAGAGAGGCAAUCAAUCCGAUGGUGCUGAUUCUAUCGCCGUCAAGCCGACCAAGAAGCAAAAGAAGCUCCCCAAGGUGCGCCUCCUCAACAGAAGCCGCGAGACUCGACAGAACUCCCGUUAUGCUUCAGAUGAGGGCAGCUCACCCACAGAGCUGGCGUUCAAACCACCGUUUCCACCAGGAGAUUCCCUUCCAUCAUCUCGUGCUGGCACACCGACCGCUGCCAACCGACCAACGAGGAAGCAGAAGACAGGAUCGGGUCUACGUGUCAAGACAUCGCCGAUGAAGAAAAAGACUGGUACUUCUGCUGGCAUUCCUAAGGAUAUGCGCAGCCCUAUCAGCAACGGUGGCCCAAUGGCACAGGACGGCGACAACGAUGACUUCUGUUCAGCAUGUGGGGGUAACGGUGACUUGGUCUGCUGUGAUGGUUGUACGAGAUCAUUUCACUUCAAGUGUGUUGAUCCUCCUCUCGUCGAGGGUUCGCAAUCUCUCCCAGACGAUUGGUACUGCAAUUUGUGUCAACUCAAGCCGAGUGGUGCCUUUGAUGAUGACACGGGCGGAGUUUGGGGUCCCUUGAUCUCUGAGCUCGAGGUUAAGAACCCAAGAUCCUUCCGUCUACCCGAGCCGAUUCGUGAAUACUUCGUGGAUGUUAAGACUGGUGCGGAUGGAGAGUACGAGGAGAUUAUCCCACCGAAACCCAAGAACAACAAAGCUGGCUGGGAAGAAGCCCCUGAUUAUUUCCGAAGGAAGGAUGCCAAAGGCAAAAUUAUCCUUUGUCACCGCUGUAACGGCGAGGCUUCCGCUCCAAAUCGAAUGAUCAUCCCAUGCAGCUUCUGUGGCCUAUAUUGGCAUCUGGACUGUGUGGAUGUUCCUCUUGCGAAGGAGCCUGGAGUUGGGCGACAAUGGCGAUGCCCCGCUCAUGUCGACGAUCUCCUCGCUGUUCUUCCUGUCACUUUGGCACCCGCUCACCGAUUCCGCAAGAUCAAGGGUGCAUCUGUAAUCAAGCCAGCCGCCACUCGAGGCUUCCAGAACAAUGGUCACAUUGAGAUUGAGAAUGAUCCAAGCGAAGACGAGGAGGAGCAAGGCUUCUACGAGUUGAGAGAGUUUGGUCACGUUUACAAGCUCCCAGAGAUGAGCAUCAAGCUCGACUUUAUCUCAAGAGUCAAGCAGAAUCGUGGUAAAUACCUACCAUCGCUGUACAGCUCGAAACCUGUCAGACCUCAGCCAGUCCCCAAAGCAGUUCAACCAGCUUCCUCUGUACCAUCUGUACCUGGUUCCGACAAACCGUGGAAUCAGCGAACGAUGGAAGAGCAGCAAGCAGCGCUCAAUCUCGCGUCUCUCCUCGUUAAUACUAAUGAUCCCGCAAUGGAAGAUAAAACGGGUCUCUUGAUUAACGCCCUUCUGUCGGAAGCUCCACCAGCUGUAAUCUCCCUGGUCGCACAGAGCUCUACAGAGAAGAUAAAUGCGGCCAAGUUGUCCAAAAAGGAGAAGAAGGGCAUUCAGGCAUUCUUCAACUUCCUCAAGGAGAAGCUGGAUAAUGCGGAGGACAGCAGUGACGAGGAAGACGAGGCUGCACCAGUCACUCCACCUGAAACAGUUGACGAAUCAGCUGUUGUCCCAGAGGUUACGAGAGCCGUUGACAAUUCGAAGUUUGCCACUGUCGAAUCCGUCGAAGAUGAGGAUGCAGAGAUGAUACUCUGA